CACCCUCCUUCCUUCCCGAGCCUCAUCCAAACCCCGGAACUCAAGAGAGCGCUGCAACCACUAGAGCCGACUAAUCGAAGGCCACCGCCAUGGCCGCCCCUACCGCUACUUCCAUGCUGAGCGCGCUGCUCCAGUUUCCCCUUGCUCCGUUCUCCGGGAAGAGCUCCGCGCCGUCGGCGGUCCAAAUGGCUCCCCGCCGUGCCCCUACGGCCGUGCACGCCUCGAAGGGCUACAACGUGCAGAUCGUGGUGGACGAGGGGGAGGGUGAGGACUCCAUCUUCCGUAGGUUCAGGCGGGAGGUGAUGAAGGCCGGCCUGCUCCAGGAGAUCAAGCGCCGCCGGAGGCACGAGAACGCCAAGGACAUCAAGAUCCGCAAGGCCCGCGAGGCCGGCCGCCGCAACCGCCGCAGGCGUAUGAUGGAUGACCGCAGGUUCCCAGAAGACGAGGGAGACUCAGAGGCUGUGAGAACCCGCCGCGAUGAGGACAAUGACAACUGGGAAGUUAGCGGUAUUCUGUGAAUGGAUUGACGAUCGAAUUCAUAACCACUUUAGAUGCACAGCUCCGGCAAAUCGAGAUCUUCUUUUGCCCUGCAUGGCACAAACCAUAUGAGUUACGAGCUUCCCUUUCCACUUCAGUUGUACUAUUUCAUUGUACCAAAUAUUAGAUAAUACAAUAUCUAUUCCGUAUACAUUUGUAUAUGUUUACUUACUUUCUUGGAAUGUGAAGCAUAUGGUUAUUGAA